ACUUGAUUUUAGUAUUAGAGUGAUGAUGAUUAUAAGAAGACUACCAACUGGAUUGGUACGGACAAACUUAACAGUAUCAUCAUGUAGAAUGUUAAGAAAAAGGCGAUUUUUACAUGGUAGUUUAGCUACCAAGAUUGAGUCAUCGAUUGAGUCACCAUCAACACCCAUCUCAGGAAAUGAAGAACAAGAUCAACAACUGAAAUUUCUAGAAGAAUAUAAAAUAAGAACACUUCUUGAGAGACCCAUAUACUACUAUGCUGAGAAAGAAUUACCCAAAUUCUCUAUUGAGAGAUUAUAUGAACAAUCACAUAAAUUAUCACCUACUUUCAUAUUGCAAAAUGCUCAAGAAACCAUUGAACAUUUAUUAACUUAUAAUGCUAGAAGAAUAAAGGAAUUCAGAAACUUACCCUAUUUGGUAGUUCUUAAUCCUUCCAUCUCCGAAUCAUACAGUACCUAUUUACAAACCAUGUCUUCAUUAUUAACAGCAUCAUUAAAUCCUCCCACCACCCUAGCUGAAAAUGAAACUUUUGCAAAGACUGUAUUGAGUGAAUUCAUAGAUGCUCAUGCUGAUACGCUCCCCAGUUUAUCAAAGGGAUUUAAUGAAGUAUUUGAUUUCAUUUCUACUGAUCAAAUUACUCACUUUCUUGACCAACAUCUCAAGGAAAGAAUCAGUAUGAGAUUAAUUGCUCAUCAACAUAUUCAAUUGACCAAGGCAUUGAUUGGAGAAACUCCCUAUGAGAAAGGGGGUAAAUAUAAUGGGGUUAUAAAAGUAUUAAAUAUUGCUGAUGUCAUUAAGAAGAAUGCUGAAUUGGUCAAUGAUAUUCUCUUAUUGAAAUAUGAUCAAACUGUUCCAAUACAAAUUGAUACUAAUUUAAAUCCUAUAAAUUAUUGGAGUAGACAAGAUCCAGAGUUAAUGAGGCCUACUGAAGAUGAAUUACGUCAUUUCCCUUAUAUAGAGUAUCAUUUAGAUUACAUUCUUACUGAAUUGUUUAAGAAUUCAUUCCGUUCUCAUAUUGAGAAUAAAAUCGAAGAUCCGGUACAAAUUACUAUUUCAAUUGCUACCAAACCUACUUCAUACUUAGAAUUAAGAAUUAGAGAUAAGGGGAAAGGUAUACCGCCUAAAGUUAUGAAUCAUAUAUUUGAUUAUUCAUUUACUACCUGGGAAAAUAAUGAAGGUGAUAGUUAUAAAACUUUGAAUGUCCCACCAGGUUUAGGGGGCAAUGUUGUUGCUGGAAUGGGAUAUGGAUUACCGUUACUGAAGAAUUAUGUAGAGAUAUUCAAUGAUACUUUACCUGAUGAAGAUGGUAUAGUAACUACCAAGGGUCUGUUAUCCAUCCAGACCUAUUACGGAUGGGGAACUGACGUAUACCUUAAGACUGUAGGACAAUAGAGAUUCAUACAAUAC